AUGACAGAUAAGGGUUAUGAAUGUAUGGAAUGUGGAAAAUCCUUUAGUCGGUCUUCAAACCUCUCUGUACAUAAAAGAAUUCACAGUGGAGAGAGGCCCUAUGAAUGUCAGGAAUGUGGGAAAGCAUUUAGUCAUCCCUCACACCUCCCUGUACAUAAAAGAGUUCACAGUGGUGAGAGGCCGUAUGAAUGCAAGGAAUGUGGGAAGGCAUUUAGUUGUUCUUCUACCCUCUCUGCACAUAAAAGAAUUCACACUGGAGAGAGGCCCUAUGAAUGUAAAGAAUGUGGUAAAGCAUUUAGGAAGCCCUCAGGCCUCUCUGAACAUAAAAGAGUUCACAGUGGACAAAGGCCCUAUGAAUGUAAAGAAUGUGGGAAAGUAUUUCGUUAUCACUCAAAUCUCCUUGUACAUAAAAGAGUUCACAGUGGAGAGAGGCCCUAUGAAUGUAAGGAAUGUGGGAAAGUAUUUCGUCAGGCCUCAAACCUCUCUGUACAUAAAAGAAUUCACAGUACAGAGAGGCCCUAUGAAUGUCAGGAAUGUGGAAAAACAUUUAGUCAGUCCUCAAACCUCUCUGUACAUAAAAGAAUUCACAAUGGAGAGAGGCCCUAUGAAUGUAAAGAAUGUGGAAAAACAUUUAUUCAGUCCUCAAACCUCUCUGUACAUAAAAGACUUCACAGUCGAGAGAGGCACUAUGAAUGUAAGGAAUGUGGGAAAGCAUUUAAUCAGCCCUCAAGCUUCUUUAUACAUAAAAGAAUUCACAGUGGAGAGGCCCUGAGUAAGGAAUGUGGGAAAGCAUUUGGUCAACACUAA